CUUCUUCGUCCGGAAGGGCAGUGGCGGGCGGCCGGAUGGGUGGUUUGGGAGGAGUCUGAGGGCUGGGUUGCCGGCGCUGGGACUCCCUGAAAGCGGAGCGGCGGGGCGCCCGGAGGUGAAGGGGUUGUUCCCUCCCGGCCUGGUCAUGCACGGUUGGAGGCUGCUGGCUCGGACCGGCGCCCGGGUGCUGGACCGCGGCGCGGGCGGCCUGGGCGCUGCCCGGGGCUCGGAGAACAGAACAGACAUCUGGCUUUUGGUUAGAAGUCUCCAUGGCAAGAGUGGUACUUGGUGGGAUGAGCAUCUUUCUGAAGAAAAUGUUUCCUUUGUUAAGCAGUUGGUCUCUGAUGAAAAUAAAGCCCAAUUAGCAAGUAAACUCUGUCCUCUGAAAGAUGAGCCGUGGCCUAUACAUCCUUGGGAACCAGGUUCCUCUAGAGUAGGCCUUAUUGCACUGAAGUUAGGCAUGAUGCCCUUAUGGACCAAAGAUGGUCAGAAGCAUGUGGUCACAUUACUUCAGGUACAAGACUGUCACGUCCUAAAAUAUACUCCAAAGGAAAAUCAUAAUGGAAAAAUGGCAGCCCUGACUGUAGGAGGAAAAACUGUAUCACAUUUCCAUAAAUCUACAUCUAUAUUGGAAUUUUACCGAGAACUUGGAUUGCCACCAAAACAGAAAGUUAAAAUCUUUAAUGUAACAGAUAAUGCUGUAAUUAAGCCAGGCACUCCUCUUUAUGCUGCUCACUUUCGCCCAGGACAGUAUGUGGAUGUCACGGCCAAAACUAUUGGUAAAGGUUUCCAAGGUGUCAUGAAAAGAUGGGGAUUUAAAGGCCAGCCAGCUACUCACGGUCAAACAAAAACCCACAGAAGGCCUGGAGCUAUUUCAACUGGUGAUGUUGCCAGAGUCUGGCCUGGAACUAAAAUGCCUGGACAAUUGGGGAACAUAGAUAGGACAGCAUUUGGACUGAAAGUGUGGAGAAUAAACACAAAGCACAAUAUAAUCUAUGUAAAUGGCUCUGUACCUGGACACAAAAAUUGCUUAGUAAAGAUCAAAGAUUCUAAAUUGCCUGCAUAUAAGGAUUUCUGUAAAAAUCUACCAUUCCCGACAUAUUUCCCUGAUGGAGAUGAAGAGGAACUACCAGAAGAUUUGUUUGAUGAAGACGUGUGUCAUCCUAGGGCGCCUUCUAUUACAUUUGCCUGACCUCAUUGGACAUGACAGACUCCCACAUGUCCUGUGAAUUCUGAUGAGCCAGAACAAUAAUAUAAUCAGGAAUUAUGUUUUCUUAGUAACAACAUGCUACACUGGUUAUCUUUGUCAAGGGCAUAAAUUUAUCAUUCAUCCUCCAACUGAAUUUCAUUUUAAAAAUUACCACAUUAAGCAAAUCAUUUAAGUAGAUUGAAUAUGCCAAAUUUAGAUGGACCGGCAGUUUGCAUAUUAGUAAAAUCUUUGUAAUUUUCUGGGCUUUGUUCUUUUUUUACUAUGUAUUUCUCAAGUUAUCUUAAAUGUUUAUAAAUUUAGCUUCUUUUUCUAAA